UUGAUGACUAGUUGACUUCUUCAACAGAAAACAGUAAGCAAAUAUCAUUAAUAAUUGUAUAAACUAUUCAUUUUCAGCUUAAGUUUGUAAAGAGAGUGAAGCUUCUUUCUUUUGAACCAAUGAUGUCAAAGACAACUGUAUAUGCAUUAGCCAUUUGUUUUAGUACCUUUUUCAUUGCUUUGUCCUUUGGGCAAACUCCAAGCUUGGAAGUUGAAGUUGCUGCUUUGAAAGCUUUCAAGAAUUCAAUCUCUGAUGACCCUUUUGGUGCACUUGUGGAUUGGACCGAUGCAAAUCACAAUUGCAACUGGUCUGGAAUCAUAUGUGAUCCUUCUUCAAACCAUGUCAUCAACAUUUCGCUUGUUGGGAUGCAGCUCAAAGGCGAGAUUUCUCCGUUUCUAGGAAACCUCUCCAAACUCCAGGUUCUUGAUCUAACUUUGAAUUCAUUUACUGGAAAUAUCCCAGCCAAGCUGGGGUAUUGCACUGAGCUGGUUCAGCUCAUUCUUUACCGAAACUUUCUUUCUGGUGAAAUUCCUACCGAGCUAGGAAACCUCAAAAACCUGCAAUUAUUAAAUUUUGGAAAUAACUCUUUGAGUGGAAGAAUACCUGAGAGUAUAUGCAACUGCACUGAAUUGCUGUUAGUAAGCCUCAUCAACAACAGCCUCACAGGCAAAUUACCGUCUGAAAUUGGUAAUUUGGCCAAUCUUCAAUUGUUUGAAGCUUAUAGAAACAAUUUGGUUGGUUCUAUUCCAACCUCCAUUGGAAUGCUGACAGCUCUGCAAACCCUUGAUCUGAGCUCAAACCAGUUUUCUGGACCUAUACCACCAGAAAUUGGCAACUUGUCAAGUUUAGAAUUUCUUCAGUUGCAUCACAACUUUCUUUCUGGGAAAAUACCAUCUGAACUUGGCCUCUGUAUCAAUCUUGUUAUCUUGGACAUGUAUAAUAACCAAUUCACUGGAGGCGUACCUCCUGAGCUAGGAAAUUUAGAAAAUUUGCACAGGCUCAGAUUGUAUAACAAUAAGUUGAACUCCAGUAUACCUGCCUCAUUGUUCCACCUGAAGUCAUUAACUCAUUUAGGACUCUCACAUAAUGAGCAAACUGGUAAAAUUCCUCCUGAGUUUGGAUCUUUAAUGUCACUACAAGUGCUUACCCUCCACUCAAAUAGGUUGUAUGGGGAAAUUCCAUCAACUUUGACAAACCUGGCAAACUUGACAUAUUUGUCUUUGAGCUUUAAUUUAUUGACAGGAUCACUUCCACCGGAACUUGGGUUACUCUAUAAUCUGAAGAAUCUAACUGCAAGUAAUAACCUCCUAGAGGGACCUAUUCCAUCUAGCAUAACAAAUUGUUCUCAUCUUCGUGUUUUAACCCUCACCUUUAAUAGAAUAACAGGUAAAAUACCAAAUGGGUUGGGGAAGUUGUCCAAUCUUACAUUUUUGUCUUUGGGAUCAAACAAAAUGUUGGGGGAGAUUCCUGAUGAUCUCUUCAACUGUUCAAUGCUUGAAGUUCUAGAUCUGAGUGGUAAUAAUUUUAGCGGGAAACUCAAAACGAUGAUUGGCAGACUCUCUAAACUUCGAGUUCUAAGAGCCCAUAGUAAUUCAUUUCUUGGGCCAAUCCCACCAGAGAUUGGUAAACUGAGUCAACUGAUAGAUUUAGUGCUUCACAAAAACAGUUUCUCAGGUGUGAUACCACCAGAAGUUUCAAAGCUUUCAAACCUCCAGGGCCUUUCUCUGUCAGACAAUAAGCUGGAAGGUGAACUUCCUGUGCAACUUUUUGAGCUUACACGCCUCUAUGAACUCCUGCUGCAGAACAAUAAUUUCUUCGGUCCAAUCCCCAAUCAGAUAUCCAAAUUAGAAUCACUUUCACUCCUGGACCUGAGUGGAAAUAAGCUUAAUGGUACAAUCCCAGAGAGCAUGGUGAGCCUCCGCAGACUGACGACCUUAGAUGUUUCACACAACCUUCUAACCGGAACUCUUUCCAGAGCAGUACUUGCCAGCAUGAGAAGUAUGCAAUUUUACUUGAACGUUUCCAGCAACUUGUUGGAUGGAGAGAUCCCAUAUGAGAUUGGCAUGUUAGAAAUGGUUCAAGGGAUUGAUAUGUCAAACAACAAUCUAUCAGGAAACAUUCCCAGAUCCCUAGGACUCUGCAAAAACUUAUUCUCACUGGACCUAUCAGGAAACAUGCUGUCUGGUCCUGCUCCAGGCGAAACUCUGACCAAAUUAAGUGAACUAGUAUUCUUGAACCUCUCAAGGAACAGAUUAGAAGGCAAACUUCCUGACAUGGAAGGAUUGCCACAUCUUCGCUCACUUGAUCUUUCACAAAACAAGUUCAAGGGAAUCAUUCCUGAGAGAUUUGCCAAUAUGCCUGCAUUAAUAUAUCUCAACCUUUCUUUUAACCAGCUUGAAGGUCACAUUCCAAAGGGGGGUGUAUUCGACAACUUAAGGUCAGCAGAUUUACAGGGAAAUCCAUCUCUAUGUGGAACAGAGUUUCUCAGUCCAUGCAGCAUCAAAAGAAACCAAACAAGUUCUCAUGGGUUUUCCAAGAAAACCUGGAUCAUACUUGGGCCUGUUUUGGUUCUCAUUCUUCAUGUGGUGGGAAUAUUUUUGUGUCAUCUGUACAUGAAGAAGCAAAAAGUGAAAGACACGGAGGAUAUAAUUCCAAAUUAUACCUCAGCACUUAGCCUCCAGAGAUUUUAUCAAAAGGAUUUGGAACAUGCUACUGAUAAUUUCAGUCCACAAAACAUUAUUGGAGCCAGCAGUUUAAGUAAUGUGUACAAAGGAACACUGGAAGGUGGGAAGAUUGUAGCAGUUAAGAAACUGAAUCUCCAGUUCUCAGCAGAAAUUCGUAAAUGCUUUGAUAGGGAGGUCAAGACUCUGAGCCAACUCAAACACAGGAACCUGGUUAAGGUGCUCGGUUAUGCUUGGGAAAGCAAGAAGCUAAUGGCUGUAAUUUUAGAAUACAUGGAGAAUGGGAACUUGGACAGUUUUAUUUAUGGUCAAAUGGCAGAUGAAUGGACAUUGUCCAAUAGGAUUGACAUUUUAGUUUCAGUAGCAAGUGGGCUGUCAUACCUGCAUUCAGGAUAUGAUUUUCCAAUAGUGCACUGUGACUUGAAGCCUUCAAAUAUUCUUUUGGAUAAAAAUAUGGAAGCACAUGUGAGUGACUUUGGGACAGCUAGGAUGUUGGGUAUUCAUCACCAAGACGGGAGCAGCAUAUCAUCAGCAUCCACAUUUGAAGGAACUAUUGGUUACAUGGCACCAGAGUUUGCAUAUAUGAGGAAAGUGACCACAAAAGUAGAUGUAUUCAGCUUUGGUGUAAUUGUGAUGGAGAUCAUUACAAAAAGAAGGCCAACAAGUCUAACAGGUGCAGAUAAAUUACCAAUGACUUUGAAUCAAGUUGUUCAGAAUGCCCUUGCGAAUGGCAUAAGCAAGCUGGUCCAGAUUGUGGAUCCUAAUUUAGCUUCACAUGUCUCCAAGAACCAGGAGAUAGUAGAGGGACUUCUUAACUUGGCUUUAUCCUGCAGCUCUCCGGAUCCUGAAGAUAGACCUGACAUGGAACAAGUUCUGUCUUCUCUUUCAAAGCUAAGUAAGAUGGAGAGCAUGCAUUCACACGCUUGUUUGGCAUCAUCAUUCUUAAUAUGAACCACCACCAAGUUUCCCUCGGUGGCCAAUGGAACUAGUCCACAACUGAAAAUGU